GGGGCGUGGGUAGAUCGCGGCUCCCAAGCCUGGACUUUGGGCUCGCAGGCAGGAUCCCUUCCAGGCCAAGCACCGCGCACAGGCGCGCCAGGCAGAGCCCCGCCCCACCCGGCCGUUCCCUUCCGCCCCGGGGCGCGGAUCUGGCGUUUGAAACUGAGCAGAGCAGAGCGCGGAACCUGGCCGGCGGGCCACGUGACAAGCCCGGAGACAGCUCCGCCCACCCGCUUCCUGAGCCGCACCUCCAGUCCUCCCUCCUCCCUUCGCACGUGGUGCCGCUGCUGUGGCCUCCAGCUCGCCCCGAACCCAGUUCCUGCAGCCAUGGCUCCUGGCCAGCUCGCCUUAUUUAGUGUCUCUGACAAAACCGGCCUUGUGGAAUUUGCAAGAAACCUGACCUCUCUUGGUUUGAAUCUGGUCGCUUCCGGAGGGACUGCAAAAGCUCUCAGGGAUGCUGGUCUGGCAGUCAGAGAUGUCUCCGAGUUGACGGGAUUUCCCGAAAUGUUGGGGGGACGUGUGAAAACUUUGCAUCCUGCAGUCCAUGCUGGAAUCCUGGCUCGUAAUAUCCCAGAAGAUAAUGCUGACAUGACCAGACUUGAUUUCAAUCUUAUAAGAGUUGUUGCCUGCAAUCUCUAUCCCUUUGUGAAGACAGUGGCUUCUCCAGGUGUAACUGUUGAGGAGGCUGUGGAGCAAAUUGACAUUGGUAAGUCAGAAAAACCAUUUCUGCAGCCCAAAACCAUGCCUCGAGUGACAGUGUGUGUGAACCAGAGGGACUAUGUGGCCAGUGGUCCACGAGAUGCAGAGCUCGAGAGUAAGGGCCACCCUCCCUUGGAGACUAGACGCCAGUAUUACGCUUUGAAGGCAUUCACUCAUACGGCACAAUAUGAUGAAGCAAUUUCAGAUUAUUUCAGGAGACAGUAUAGCAAAGGCAUAUCUCAGAUGCCCUUGCGCUAUGGAAUGAACCCUCAUCAGACCCCUGCCCAGCUGUACACACUGAAGCCCAAGCUUCCCAUCACAGUUCUAAAUGGAGCCCCUGGAUUUAUAAACUUGUGCGAUGCUUUGAACGCCUGGCAACUGGUGAAGGAACUCAAGGAGGCGUUAGGUAUUCCAGCCGCUGCCUCUUUCAAACAUGUCAGUCCAGCAGGUGCUGCUGUUGGAAUUCCACUCAGUGAAGAUGAGGCCAAAGUCUGCAUGGUCUAUGAUCUCUAUAAAACCCUCACACCCAUUUCAACAGCAUAUGCAAGAGCAAGAGGGGCUGAUAGGAUGUCCUCAUUUGGUGAUUUUGUUGCAUUGUCCGAUGUUUGUGAUGUACCAACUGCAAAAAUUAUUUCCAGAGAAGUAUCUGAUGGUAUAAUUGCCCCAGGAUAUGAAGAAGAAGCUUUGACAAUACUUUCCAAAAAGAAAAAUGGAAAUUACUGUGUCCUUCAGAUGGACCAGUCUUACAAACCAGAUGAAAAUGAAGUUCGAACUCUCUUCGGUCUUCAUUUAAGCCAGAAGAGAAAUAAUGGUGUCGUCGACAAGUCAUUAUUUAGCAAUGUUGUUACCAAGAAUAAAGAUUUGCCAGAGUCAGCCGUCCGAGACCUCAUCGUAGCCACCAUUGCUGUCAAGUACACUCAGUCUAACUCCGUGUGCUACGCCAAGAAUGGGCAGGUUAUCGGCAUUGGAGCAGGACAGCAGUCUCGUAUACACUGCACUCGACUUGCAGGAGAUAAGGCAAACUAUUGGUGGCUUAGACACCAUCCACAAGUGCUUUUGAUGAAGUUUAAAACAGGAGUGAAGAGAGCAGAAAUCUCCAAUGCCAUCGAUCAAUAUGUGACUGGAACCAUUGGCGAGGAUGAAGAUUUGAUCAAGUGGAAGGCAUUGUUUGAGGAAGUCCCUGAGUUACUCACUGAGGCAGAGAAGAAGGAAUGGGUUGAGAAACUGACUGAAGUUUCUAUCAGCUCUGAUGCCUUCUUCCCUUUCAGAGAUAAUGUAGACAGAGCUAAAAGGAGUGGUGUGGCGUACAUUGCGGCUCCUGCCGGUUCUGCUGCUGACAAAGUUGUGAUUGAAGCCUGCGACGAACUGGGUAUCAUCCUCGCUCAUACGAACCUUCGGCUCUUCCACCACUGAUUUUACCACACGCUGCUUUUUGGCUUGCUUAUGUGUAGGUGAACAGUCACGCCUGAAACUUUAUGAGAAUAACUUUUUAAAAAAAUAAAACAGCACCUCUUAAUCACUGGAUCC